AAGCGCGUUUGAGCUACACAGUGAACCCCAAAAUGCUUCUGACAUUUAAAAAAAAUAAGGGAUUGCUUGAAUGCUGUGGAGAAAGGCAAAAAGUUCUGUUUGAGUUUGUGUCUGAUGGGUAAUUUUGGUCUUAUGCUGGUGAAGAGAUUUAGUUUAGGCUUGAGGGAACACUGAGCUGAAAAGUGUUUUAUUUUGUGCAUCUGUGUCAACAAAUGGAUUUCAAGUUUUAUCAGGUAUAACAAUCCAAAUGCACCAUAAUUCAAAACAAAUUCUGCUGCAAGAAAAGUGCAUGUCAGCCUGUCAGCCUCAGAAAACCAAAUGACUUCAGCUGUGAAAUGAUGUUUCUUGUUUCCAUGACUGAAUGUGUUUUAAUUUGUUGUUGACUAAAAUUUGUAGAACCACAGUGACAGCAUGCCAGUAAUCCUAAAAAUUAUGCCUCUGCACAUAUAAAUUGCAACAGUAAAUACAUUUUGUAUGAAACAAAACUGCCAAGAUGUUUUAAACCAUGAAUGUUAGAGCUCUGUAACAGUGUCUGUUGUGCAGUUUGCAUGGACUUCAUAGAAACAUUUAUUGCACUUGUGCUGGGAUGAAACAACUUUUUAGAAUUAUUCUUUUGUCUCUCUCUGUUUUCAGGCUGAUUGAACUAAAACCUUAGACCAAGAGGGUUUUAGGAGGAAGGGAGGAUGGACAACGUCUCCUCACACAAACACUUUAUCCUCAAUGGCUUCAAUGAACUCGGAGCACUGAGGCCCGUCCUCUUCAUCCCAUUCUCCAUCAUGUACAUUGCGUCAGUGUCAGCCAACUCCCUGCUGCUGUACAUUGUCAUUUCAGAGAGAAGCCUCCACUCACCGAUGUACAUCCUCAUCGCUGGCAUGGCAUCUGUGGACCUCAGCUUCCCACUGGUCUGCAUCCCCAGCAUGUUGCUGGGCCUCUUGUUUGACUGGAGGGGGAUCUCUCUGGGCGGCUGUCUGGUUCAGAUGGAGUUCAUUCACUUUGUGGGAGCUUUUCAGUCCACGUUUUUGGUAUGGAUGGCACUGGACCGCUACUUCGCCAUCUGCACACCACUUUACUACCAUGAACGCAUGGCAAUACCAAGAUUUCUCAAGUUUGUGAUCCCAUUUCUGAUCAGAAACUUCCUUCUGAACACUCUGAUGGUGAGUCUGGCAGGAACAUUGUCAUUCUGUGCUUCAAAUGUGAUGAACCACUGUUUCUGUGAGCACAUGGCCUUGGUGGAGCUGGCCUGUGGAAGCACAGCCAUCAACAACCUAGUAGGUUUGCUCACAGCCGCCUUCAUCCCUGUGGCUGACUUCCUCCUAAUCACUGUUUCCUACAUCAUCAUAUUCAGCUCUGUGCUGAGUUCUGGCAAAACAGGUGUCAAAGCUCUUCAUACCUGUGUCACUCACAUUGUGGUCAUCAGCGUCAGCCUGACUGUAGCACUUACUGCCUACCUAUCAUAUCGGUCCAAAAAUGGUUUCCCUGCAGUUGUUCGUGUUUUCUUCAGCAUCAUGUACCUGCUGUUUCCAAGCUGUUUCAAUCCGAUCAUCUACGGCAUGAGGACCACUGAGAUACGACAACACAUCCUGAAGACACUGAUGUGCUGUGGCUUUGUCCAAACUCUGAAAUUUUAGUAAGAAACAGUUAA